AUGGCCAAGCUCACGGAUUUCCGCCUCCUCAGCUUCGACGUGUACGGGACCUUGAUCGACUGGGAGACCGGCAUUCUUGACGGCUUGAAGCCCCUGACUGAGACGAAAGAGCUUACGCGGAGCCAGAUCCUUGAGCUGUACCAUGAGCUAGAGGUGGAACAGCAGAACAAGACUCCCGACAUGCCGUAUUCGCAACUGCUGACCACGGUCUACCCGCAAUUCGCCGCACGACUUUGUCUCAAAGAACCAUCCGUGCAAGAGAGCAAGGCGUUCGGGCAGUCCAUCGGCACAUGGCCGGCGUUUCCAGACACGGUCGACGCGCUCCAGCGGCUCUCCAGGCACUACAAGCUCGUGGUGCUCUCGAACGUGGACCGAGAGAGCUUCAGCGCCAGCAACGCCGGUCCGCUGGGCGGGGUGCGCUUUGACAAGAUCAUCACGGCCCAGGACGUCGGGUCCUACAAGCCCGACCUCCGCAACUUCGAGUACAUGCUCGCCGCGGUGAAGCGGGACUUUGGCGUCGAGAAACACCAGGUCCUCCAGACCGCUCAGAGCCAGUUCCACGACCACCAUCCCGCCCGGAAGAUGGGCAUCAAGUCGGCCUGGAUCCAGCGAAGGGGAACCAUGGGCAAUCGCAAUCAGGAGAUCUAUGACUGGAAGUUCGUCACGCUGGGAGACAUGGCAGACGCGGUGGAGCAGGAGUUGGCCGGAAAUGGGGCUUGA